GGUGAUUAGGGGAGGGGGGAGGGGAGAGAGAGAGAGAGAGAGAGAGAGAGAGAGAGAGAAUCAGAGCAACUGUUUGGCUUUCUCUUCGCUCCCCUCUCCUUCUCGGACAAGCGUCUUUCUCUCCCUCGUCGAAACCCAAAAAUAUUCUCCUUUUCCUUUUCAAGUUAAAAAGAUUGGAUCAGGUGCAAGCAUAGUACUCAGUUCAUUUAAGAGGACUGGUAGAGGAGUCCGAUUGAGCAAAUUACUGGCGGGACUGUGUUCAAUGAGUGGAUUUGGCUAUCGUGGAGCAUUCAAUGGUUAACCGGGUCACUGAUGUGGCCUUUAUAUUUCCUGUUAAACAAGAUUCUUAAAACAGAAGAAGUGGAACCUCAUGGAUCAGAUUUGGAUCAUGCAGGCAUUUUAGAACGCUGCCCAUCUGACCAGCCGUCAACCAGUGGAAAAUCUCGGGGUGCAGGAUUGCCUUGCCCGUACAUGGUUGAAGUUCCACAUAUUAACCAGCUAUGCUCUUGGGAUUGUGGCCUUGCUUGUGUUUUGAUGGUUCUAAGAACAAUGGGAAUUGAUGAUUGCAAUAUCCAGGACUUGGCAGAUCUAUGUGGGACAACCAGCAUUUGGACUGUUGAUCUGGCAUAUUUACUGCAGAAGUUUUCUGUUAGAUUUUCCUAUUUCACCAUAACAUUUGGAGCAAACCCAAAUUACUCUGUUGAGACAUUUUACAAGGAGCAAUUGCCAACUGAUCUGGUCCGAGUUGAUAUGCUAUUCCAAAAAGCACUAGAAGCUGGAAUAAAUAUCCAGUGCAGGUCAAUUAACGCAAAAGAAAUUUCUCAAUUGAUUUUGUCAGGGAAUUAUAUUGCUAUUGUGCUAGUUGACCAGUACAAAUUGAGUCAUUCUUGGGUGGAAGAUCUUAUUCUCUCAAGCUUUCAGGGCAGCAACUCAGGCUACACUGGUCACUAUGUGGUGAUAUGUGGCUAUGAUGCCGGGGCAGAUGAGUUUGAGAUUAGAGAUCCUGCCAGUUCUAGGAAACAUGAGAGAGUCUCAUCAAAAUGCCUCGAAGAGGCACGCAAAUCAUUUGGGACUGACGAGGACCUACUACUGAUAUCAUUAGGGAAGAUUGAGAAACAGAACAAGUCAACGUGUCUAUAGCAAUCUAUGAGAGCUUUUUUCUUGCUCAUACUUUGCACAUAGUACAAAGUUGUGUAUACUGCGUGAACCUAAAUGGUAGUGGUAGUUAGUAUUUCCUUCCAACACCGGCUAAUGCGUCAGACUCUUGACGGGGAUAAUUACUCAUUUGUGUAUAAUAGGUUUUCAUCUAUCUAAUCCCUUUUUUCUGAAAUUGUAAAUUUUCUCCAAAUAUGUGUUUAUUGUUGUACCAUCAUGAGUGGAUUACCCUCUUUUUUCCAUGCUCUCUGUGUAUUUCUUUCCUUGAUACGAGUGUGAAAGUUUCAGUGGGGAUAAAGUACUUCAUCUC